AUGCCCGUCUACCUUGUCCAUGGCUUCCGCUGGCCGCGCGAGGGCUUCACGGGCAUUCGUGUACAUGCCGUCCUGCACAACCUCGACGAUUGCAGUGUCGAAUACAUUCAAAACUCCAACUCGCGCGAAGAGAUCCUGCGUUCCUUUCGCGAGAUAUACCCCGAAAUAAUGAAAGAACUUGACCACACCGAUGUGAACCCAGCAGCGACGAGGAGGCUGGAAUUUAUCGAGCAAUACAAUCCGGACGAUCUGGAGGGACCCUACGCGGUGAGCCAACCAUACGCUUUUGUGGGAGACAAAGUCGUGGUGAUCGCGGCAGGACCGGGCAUGGGUUUGGCUGGACCUGGUGUAGCGCAGGCAAAAGCAUAUCACCAUGUUGCGACGGAAGUAGAACCUGCCCAGUCUCCGCAGAGGAAACAACGCGCCACAACGUUGCCCAUGUCCAAACCGGCACCCUUCAACUCGCCAGCGGAUACCACGGCGCUGAGUGUCAACCUGGAUGAGGUUGUCGCCGAUGGCCCUGGCCUAACGAAUAAAGCGUGGGAAGCGCUAGCAGAUCUGAGAGACAAGAUCGCAGAGGGGGAGAAGAUCGGAUGGUGGGUCGUCUACAACGGUGACCCGGAACGGUCGUUUGAUGAUGCCGAAGAUGAGGAGGACGAGCAAGAAGACGAAGAAAUGGAAGACGUGGCCGAGGAAGACGAAGACAGAGAACAAAAGGAAACUCUCACUCCUAUUGCUUCUCCUGUUGCUUCUCCUAUUUCGCCUCCGCCUGUCGCUGCUGCUGCUGCUUCCGCUUUGACUUCAUCGAAGAGAGGACAUCGUCCCAGCCCCAGCGACUCACUUCCGAUUCCCACAUCCACCAUGACGAACUAUCCAACAUCGAAUCCGUCGGUGGCACCCAUCCAUGCCGCAUCACAACAUAUAGCCUCCCAACAGAAGCAGCAACAGUCUCCGCAACAGCCGCAGCUUCAAUAUCAAGACGGAGGCUCACCGGGCCUGACGGCCUUACCUGUCCGACCCACACCCCCAUCAUCAACGGGACCCGGGACGCGGCCAAACACAGCAUCCGCAGCCUCGGAGGCCAGCAAGGGCAAGCACAGGGAAAAGGAAAAGGACCUCCUGGAAGAUCCAACCAGAGCCAAGGACGCAUCCAGGCCACAGGGGUUGAGAAAGAAAUUCUUUGGAAGAAGGACAUGA